AUGAGUUUUGUAAAUCAACGUGAUGAUACGUUGCCGUCGGCGUUACUUGCCAGACCGAGCAUACGUCGGGGAUCAGUUUUUCAUGAUUUAAUAACGAUUUUCCGUCGAAAUAGUUCCCGUCCAAAUCGAUUAUUCCGUCGAGUUUCACGUCCAUCUACAGAUCAUUAUACAGACAAUAGCAAUUUGCAAGAAGAAACGGAAGUAUUUCUCGAUCCAAAAGGUCAGGCACAAGAUGACAGAAUAGAGAACGGUAAACCAAUGACCCGGCAGAUAUUACUCGAUAGAAUUCGGCAAAAAAAAGAAGGGAUUGGAAAAUUACGCUGCCAGCCAUGGAAUAUGAAACGGAAACGACGCACACUUCGAUUAGCUCAAAAAUAUUUGGAACAACACGAAUGUCGAGUGUCAAGAACGCACUUGUGUAAGGUAGAAUUGAAAAAACAAUGGCGAGCUUUAUGUCGCUGGGCCGAUAACGUGAAAAUUUAUUUAAUACCUUGGGAAGCUAAAAUUAAACAUAUAGAAAGUCAUUUUGGCUCUGUUGUGUCAUCAUAUUUCACGUUUCUUCGUUGGAUCGUUUUUGUAAAUUUGAUCAUUACAGUGAUUAUAAUCUCAUUCAUCGUCAUUCCAGAGAUGUUAGCAGAUGCGACAGCUGAUGUAAGUCGCAUCAACCGUACUAUGUCCAGAAAAGUGAUCCCACCAAAUGAACUAAUCCAUGCGGAUGAACUACAAGUUGUAUCACAAUUUGAUGGUUAUUUCAAAUAUUCGCCAUUAUUUUACGGUUACUACAGUGAUGAUGAAUUUGUCGGAUCACAGAUACGAUAUGCCGUGCCAUUGGCUUAUUUUAUUAUUACUUUAUUUGUACUAGGAUAUAGCUGUUUUGCGAUUCUCAGAAAAAUGGCAAUAAAUGCUCGACUAAGUAAGACUUCAGGAAAACGAACGGAUCAGUACACAUUUACUUGGAAAUUAUUCAAUGGUUGGGAUUAUACUGUUGGAAACAACGAAACUGCCAGUAAUACUACAAUGGCAAUUAUUAUUAAACUAAGGGAAUCAAUCGCGGAAUCUCGGGUCAAUUUGGGUAAAACAUUUAAACCACUGCUUUUCCUCGCUCGACUGAUAGCAAAUGCAGUAAUUUUAGCUAUGCUUGCAUUUUCGAUUUAUACUAUUUCUUUUGCUGUACAGUCUUCAGAAGCAGUUGAAAAAACAGGCAGUUUAUUCACUAAAAAUCAAGUACCUACAAUAAUUGCUACCAUAACUCAUGUCUUUCCAAUGAUUUUCGACCUUAUUGGACAGGUAGAAAGGUAUCAUCCACGAACCGCCCUUCGAGCACAUCUGACGAGAGUUUUGGUUCUUUAUGUACUCAAUUACAUUACAUUUAUAUUUGCGUUAUUUGAAAAACUUGACAAAAUUCGAGGAAACGAAUUUAUUCAAAUCAUCGAUGAACGAACAGUUAAUGAACGAUCCAAACGAAUGAUUCUCGGUAAUGAACAAGAUUCAACGAAAAGUAUAUUUGUUAGUCGUAAUUUUAAUACCAGACAACAAGCUAACUUAUUUGCUAAGAAAUCUAUGGAGCGUUUUACAAAUUUUUACGAUAAAUUACCAAAAAUUUUUGAGAAACGACAAAAAAGAUCGAGCGGUAGCAAGAAAAAUUUAAAAUUUCCGCAUGGUUUAAUGGUUGAAUCACAUUAUGGCCCUAUUGGUUUGAAUAAUCCAAAUGCAAUUCUUUUAAAUAAUAGCUAUCUGCCAAAUCAAAAAACUUUUCAAACAAUCAAAAUUGGACCGCCAGCAUUACCGACUUUUCCGAUUCCACCAAUACAAGUGAAUCCAAAUUUGAAUACCAGCAUUAUUACUGUGACGGUAUGA